AUGCUGUUGACUCAAGGAUUCGGUAACAGACACGAUCCUCACUCUGAUUACAAAGCAGAAGGUGUCGCCCUCCAUGACCCAAGAUACAAGGAGGCAGAGGUACAGUCAGGGAAGAUAAUCGCCUCUUUGAUCGCUGCUAUCAACCUUGGAAAGAAUCAUUGGCACAGUUCAUGGGAUCCACUGGCUGAGGAAGCAGAAAAAUCUGUCUCACCCUACGUCAGCGGGCCCAUGCGAAUCGGCAUUGUAGGCAAGACUGGGCAAGGUAAAUCUUGCCUUAUUGGAAGUCUGUUAGGCGACGAGGGUAUUGUUCAAACUGCAAAGAGUGGCGAGAGCCUAACCAGAGUGAUUUUGGAGUACCAUCACUGGAUCGAUCACGACUCACAUUUCAAAUACCGCGCUAUCAUCUCUCUCCUCCCGUGGGACUCAGUACAGAAGCGGAUCGAGACGUUCUUCGAACACUGGAACCACGGGCUUUUGUCACAUGAAGACGAGAGCGAGCGUGAAGAUGAAGAUGAACAUCCAAGCCCAGAUCCCGCAGGCCCAGAUUCUCCCGGUGCAGAUACGGAAACAGCUGCAGGGGUUUUCCAAGCACUCUUCCGUGGAGACCCCAGUUUUGAGGACGAGGAGACCAUGAAGGAGUACCUGUUGAGCAGUGAAUGGUCACCUGUGCGACAUGAUAUACGAGAUCGGCUCAUCAAGCGCGCUCGCGACAUGUACGAUGAGCUUGAUUGUCAGGAUACAAGCAUAUACAAAAGAACCACCGAAGAGCUGUGGCAUGAGCUUGCUCGAUUCACGCAUGGUCGCUCGGCCGAUGACUCAAGAAGAGGUUGCGACGCUUGGCCCUUCGUAGAAGUUGUCAAAAUCGGCGGCCCCUUUGCCCUAAGCGAGCACAUCGUCAUCGCCGACACGCCGGGUCGAAAUGACUUGAAUCGACUUGCGCGUGCCAGCGUGGACGACUACCUACCGUCUUGUUCGUCCGUCAUAAUAGCACACAACAUCAGUCGCAUCAUAUCUGACACCAGCCUCCCCAAUCAAAUUGAGAAGAUCCAACAACACCGUCCUGUGACAGUAGUCGCUACAUUCUCUGAGGACGUCGGUCUGCUUCGCAGCAGGCACACUAAUUUCAUCGGAGACGAGAAGCAUACGUAUGAGAGGCUUCGCGAGAAAGUGGAACAACUUGAAUACAAAGGGGGGAAACACCAAGAGCUUCGUAAAAACCCGUCCUCUGAAGCUGUACUACUCGACCAAUUGAAGCAAAAGAUUAUCAAGCAAGCGUACGUGUAG